CAGACAUCAUUAUUCGACCACGAAACUAGUGAGUUUUAAAAUCGCCAUUGUGUGGUUUCUGUCUUUCAUGGUAUCCCUGUCAGUGACGCUCCUUGGUCUUUAUAACCCUAAGAACAUCAUGCCGGAACCAGGGAUGUGCGUUAUAAACAAUAGAGCGUUUUUUGUCUUUGGUUCACUAGUCGCUUUUUACAUACCAAUGAUCAUUAUGGUAGUCACGUAUGCUCUCACCGUACAGUUGCUGAGAAAAAAAGCGAGAUUUCUACUAGAUGACAGUUUUAUGGAUAGUCGAAGAAAUGGUACCACUUCAGAGCCACAUCUUUUCAGACGUCUGGGGGGACGAUUUUCUGCUAGUAAAUCUCAGAGUAGUACUUCUAACAGGUAA